GCUUGACUGAGCUCCCUCACCCACACAUCAACCAUAGAACAACACGCUCGCUCGUGUCUCUUCCUCUAUGCAUGUCUACUUCUGCCUUACCCUCCGCCUCCUUGUCUGGGCGCACAUCAUCCCUUUCACGUCUGUCCCUGCGCCUCACUCAGUUUUUUCCCUUAGCCCGCAUCAAUAUAUCUUUCAUCCCUCAGUCUUGUUUCACAGAUCAACAAGGGAUUCUGCCUCAUCAUUUCUUGCCAUCAUGGAUGCUUCGAAAGCCAGCUAUGCCGUCCUAGACGAAUGCGACACUUCUACAAUAUCAACUAUUACCAACUCCAACAACCCUGAUAAGCUCUGGGCUGUCAAGGAACUACUCGCUGAGUCUGAGGAUAGACAACUCGUCCUUGUUCUUUGGCAGGGCUAUCCUCUGAAAGAGGCGACAUGGGAGCCGAAAGAGAAUGUCAUUGAAGAACUUCUCACCUCUUGGGAGGAGGAAAGGAGCCAGAACGGACACGGACGACAGUCCAAGCUCAAAAUUGGAGCCUGGAAAAAGGCAGUAGUCGAAUCACUUCUCAUUGAAGUACCCCUCAACCUACGAAACUAUAAACGCGCUCGAGAAAGGAGAGGGAGAAGAUGAAGAAAUGGCCACUAAAGCUCUCCAGCUACUUGCUGCCGCUUUAUCAGCAAGCAAUUACAAGAACAUGGAAUGCUUGAAAACCUGGCCGACCGAAGUGGAGAGAGUUUGGAAAAGCUUUGACCAGGAGGGUGUUGAUUUUCAACCCCAAAUCAUAAAGCAUUUCAUGGCGAAUCCGAAAGCCUGGUUGCGGAAGCAGCGUGCUAUCCUUAAGAGUGAUCGUGAAGUUACCUCUCAGAGGGCUAGGGAAAUC